AUGGCAUCCGUGCUGGUUUGCGGCGGUGGAAACGCAGCACAGGUUGUGUCGUGCCUCUUUGCAUGCCGCUACAAGGUCACUGCAAUUUCGCUUUAUGCGGAUGAGGCAGAACGGUGGGACAAGGCGGUGAAAGAGGCGAAGGGCAUGACCUGCAACUUCCAGGGCACAACCAAGGCCGUGACCUCCAUGCCUGACCUGAUUACCAAGGACCCUUCUGCCGUGAAGAACUGUGACGUCGUGCUCUUCACAGUACCCUCCUCCUUCCACGAGCAGUACUUCAAGGCCCUGGAGCCUUUCGUGCAGAAGGGCACCAUCUUUGCCGUAAUGCCCGCACGCUCCGGCUGCGACUUCCUCUUCAAGAAGGUCAUGGGCGAGAAGGCGGACCAAAUGGGCCUGGUGGCCUUUGAGACCUUGCCAUGGGCGUGCAGGUUCAACGAGUGGGGCAAGACGGCCACCGUCCUGGGAACCAAGGAGUCCAUCAGCGCGGCCGUGGUGCCACCGGUGGGGAAGUCGAAGCUGGAGGUGAUCCUGAAGCUCCAGGGCUUGCUGGGCGUUGAGCCCAGGAUCGUGGAGUGUCCCAACGUGAUGAGCAUCAGCUUGGGAAAUCCCGGGCAGGUGAUCCACCCGGGUGUGACCUACGGGAAAUGGCACAACUGGGAUGGGAAGCCCUUGCCCCAGAAGCCUCUCUUCUACCACGGAGUGGACAAUCAGACAGCAGACGUUUUGGACGGGAUCUCGGCGGACAUUACGCAGAUCUGCAAGGGUUUGAAAGGCUUAGACCCCAACUUCGAUACCAGUGAGGUGAAGACGAUCAUGGAGUGGUACAUGGCAAGUUACUCGACUUCCAUCGCAGAUGGCUCCACUUUGCAGAAGGCCAUGAGCACCAACAGUGCUUACGAAGGCUUGUGCCAUCCAAUGAAAGAAUCUGGGGGCGGCUACGUCCCAGACUUCCAGUUCCGGUACCUUAGCGAGGAUGUUCCUACUGGCUUGUGUUUCAGCCGUGGCGUGGCUGAGCUCUUAAGCGUGAAGACGCCGACCAUCGACAAGGUGCUUACUUGGGCCCAAGGCAAGCUCUCCAAGGAGUUCUUGAAGGACGGAAAGAUGCAGGGGAAGGACAUCAAGGAAACGAGGGCUCCCCAGGCCUUCGGAGUCACCAGCAAGGACAUGCUCUGCGCCUUCCUGAGAAUCAAGAAGGAAGCCUCCUGCUGCGCGGGCAUCUGCAAGUGA